AUGGCCGAUGUAAAUAGGGACGAUAGUGCCCAAAACAUGUUUUCAGAUUUAAAUGAAUCUCCCAAAGACGAUUCGAAUAUUUUCAUCGACGACUAUGGGAACCACAGGGCCGACAAGGGCUUCGAUGUGAAGGUGCCAAAUCGCAAAGUAAAGAAAAAAAUUAAAAAAUCGCUGAAAAAGGCGGACGAGGACUUCGUUCCAGCUCAGACUGACUUCAAGCCUGACCUGGACGACUACAUAGACGCAGAUUUUGAAGAGAAACCCACUGUCAAAAAGACCAAGAAGAACACGGGCAAGGAGUACUUUGAUGGACUGCUCAAAAACAUCAAGGACAGGAAGAGGCACACGCUCAAGUUGACCGACGAGGAGUGCAGGUCGCUCUGCAGAGGGCUCGCUGAGAGGAUGAUGAUCGCGUAUAGAGAGGACCUGGAGUCAAUCAAGAAUGGUAAGCCUGGGCUCGCGAAGCUCAAAAUGCUCAAUUCCCUAUCGGAGAUUAACAAGCCUUCCUGGAGGCAGUGGUGCAUCACCGAGGGCGUGGCCACCGCCCUGGCCUCCUGGCUGGACAACCUGCCCGACGGGUCGCUGCCAAACCUGACGGUCAGGACCAAGAUUCUGGAGAUCGCGCUCCAGCUGCCCCUCCAGCCCAGCGAUCUCCGGGAGACUGGGCUGGGCAGGAAGAUCGUAUCGCUGUGGAACCACCCUGACGAGUGCGACUCGAACAGGACCAUCAUUCGGGCAAUCGUGCAGAAGUGGACGAGGCCCAUGCUGGGCAUCGCCUCGAGCUACGCUGAGGCCCAGGAGCAGAGUGAAAUGGAGAGCAAGCCGGCCGUUCCAAGCGACGUCGGCUACAAGGAUCGCAAGUUCAACUACACCUCCAAGAGUGUGGCAGUUUCCAAGGAGAGGAUCAAGAGCAAACUUUCGCAGAUGUACAGAAACAUAGAAUCUAAGCAUAAAAUGCCCGGGAAGGCCACCCGAGUCAACUUAACCGGAGGGCUCAAGUAG